ACAAAUGAUGAAAAGCGAGCAGAAUGUAACUAAAAAGGUUGGCAGUUUUUGUAGGACAGCUUCAGCCCGUUGUCGCAGGCUGAUUGUGCAGUGCAUACCAAAGCGGCGGAAGUAUUUGGGAAAUGAGAUUUUGGACACCCGGGGCGCGAUAACAUUGGAAGAAGCAACCCUCUCUUGGGUUGCCUUACGCCCACACACCAAGAUGCGUAAUAUUGCUUUGCGAUCUAGGGUGAAUACAAAAAACCGGCCAGUAUGUGGUGAAAAUUUUAACGUGUAAGAAAGAUAUUAAAUAAAUGUCGUGCAGUGAUUAUAAAAGAAAAAAUUGGGCCAACUUUGAUGAGGCUCAAAAUGAGUAGGAUUCAAGAGGAGGAGUUUGCACAAGUACUUCACCACCCGAGCCUUAGAUCUGCGCCUGACUCAAUCGCGACUGUGCCCACUUGCCAAAGGGACGAGCCGCCCUCGCUUCAAUCUGCCACCACCCGACCAACAUGAAGCACCUGCUGAUCUGCGCGUUCUUCCUGAUUGCCACUUCAAGCGUCUUCAGUGCCGUACUGCCCUGUGUUUCACCAGAGGACUGUCCAGAUUACUGGACUGAAGAGCGAAUGCGCGAUCACUUAAUUCGCUGCUGGAGGAUGGAGUGGUGCAAAAAACGAAUGCGUCAGGCACUGGAAGAGAUGCGCAUCGAGCAGCUGGAGCAGUUGUUCCCCUCGAGGACCCUUUCAAAGAAAGAUGUGUUCACCAGCCGUGGUUGGGGUGCCGGAGGGAUGGUGUCGGCACACCUCAAUCACGCCAGCAACAGAAAACUGAUGCAACAACAGCGCGACAACCUUCGCCAGGAGAGGCAGCCCGAAGUGGAAGGCAAGGUUCGCCAGCCGCGUUUCAGCCCCCUGCUCGGCCUCAAUCCCGGAGUGGCGUUGAUUGCCGACUCUAGGAUAUUUGAAGAGGACUUUGAUGAAAACACACAGCCCCCGGAAAUCUCGCAAACGCAGAUCAGCCAGCCCAGGGCCGAGAACAACUUGCAUCACAACAAAAACUAUUCCAGCCUGCCACAGCUGUUUGUUUCCUACGGUUGGGGACCGCUUGGAAAAUAAUUUUGGAAAUGCUGCAGUUUCAUUUAACAUGUUGGUUCACGGUUUGUUCAUUUUCUCAUUGUUAAUUCGCUCAUUACUAGGUUAUUAGUGCAGCAAUAAAUG